UGGUGGGUGUGCCUCUGUGGAUGAGUGACGUACUGCUGGGACGCAUGCCCCGUACGCACUGCGCGUCCCGGCCUGUCAGUAGUAGCCAGAUGGAAAACGUAGGCAAGUGAAUUCGGUGAGGUCAUGUAUUUUUAAGCCGCACAUCGGAAUAAAACAUCUUUCACCGGCAGAAUUAACCAAGAGUAGGUAGCAUAUCGCCGCUGAUCGGGCCGCGCGCUGGGGAAUCGAUCGUUUCACUUGAUGACAGAGAGGACAUUUUUGGAUGCACAGAAAGCUGUAAUCGAAGAUUUCACCAUGAACAAAAACAAGAGAGAAAGAGAGUUCUACAGCCUAGAUGUUGGGGAUUCAACGUUCACAGUACUGAAGCGUUACCAGAAUCUAAGACCCAUCGGCUCAGGAGCACAGGGAAUCGUCUGCUCUGCUUAUGACCAAACCCUUGAACGAAAUGUUGCCAUCAAGAAGCUGAGUCGGCCGUUUCAAAAUCAGACCCAUGCCAAGAGGGCGUACAGAGAGCUAGUCCUAAUGAAAUGUGUCAAUCACAAAAAUAUCAUUGGCCUAUUGAACGUAUUUACACCACAAAAAUCAUUAGAAGAAUUUGCAGAUGUAUACUUGGUGAUGGAGCUGAUGGAUGCCAACCUGUGCCAGGUCAUUCAGAUGGAGCUGGACCAUGAGAGGCUGUCCUAUCUGCUAUAUCAGACGUUGUGCGGUAUCAAACACCUCCAUGCUGCCGGCAUCAUUCACAGGGACCUCAAGCCUAGUAACAUAGUUGUCAAGUCAGAUUGUACACUGAAGAUUUUGGACUUUGGCUUGGCUCGGACUGCUGCCACGGGCCUCCUGAUGACACCGUAUGUGGUCACACGCUACUACAGAGCACCAGAGGUUAUCCUGGGGAUGGGCUACCAAGCCAAUGUGGACAUAUGGUCUGUGGGCUGCAUACUGGCAGAAAUGGUUCGCCAUAAAAUCCUCUUCCCAGGAAGGGACUACAUAGACCAGUGGAACAAGGUAAUUGAGCAGCUAGGUACUCCAUCUCAGGAUUUUCUAAUGAAGCUGAACCAGUCAGUGAGAACGUAUGUCGAAAACAGGCCACGCUAUGCUGGGUACAGCUUUGAGAAACUCUUCCCAGAUGUGCUCUUCCCUGCCGACUCUGACCACAACAAACUGAAAGCGAGCCAAGCUAGAGAUCUCUUAGCCAAGAUGUUAGUGAUUGACGCCUCCAAACGCAUCUCUGUAGAUGAGGCCCUGCAGCACCCCUACAUUAAUGUUUGGUAUGAUCCAGCUGAAGUGGAAGCCCCGCCUCCAAAGGUCCUAGAAAAACAGCUGGAUGAGAGGGAGCAUACCGUGGAAGAGUGGAAAGUGCUAAUUUAUAAGGAAGUGAGUGAAUGGGAGGAGUGGAAACGGAAUGGCGUGAUAAGAGGCCAGCCACCUCCUUUAGGUGCAGCAGUGAUCGACAGCCCCCCUCAGCCAACGUCCUCCUCCUCCUCUUCGGCCAACGAUGUCUCGUCCAUGUCCACAGAGCCCACUGACCCAAGCAGUGACCCCACCAUGACCUCUGAAACAGACAGCAGCUUGGACAGCCACACCUCUCUGGGUGCACUGGCCUGCUGCAGAUAA